AUGAUUUCUACUUCAAAAGAUUAUGAUCCAAUUGAAGAUAUUACAAUCAUUUUGGCCCAAAGAGAAUCUAUUGAAAAUAUUGAUUCAUUGAUUAAUUUAACAAAAAAUUAUAGAUUAAAAUUGAAAAAUGAGAUCGAAGAGAAUUUAAUGGAAAAUCACAAUUAUAACAUGUCAGCUGACGAAAUUGGGAUGAAAGAAAUAUUUAAUAAUUUAAAUAAAAUUAGAGAAAUUAGUGAUAGUACGAACUCGAAUAUUAACGACUUCACUGUAAAUAUUAAUGAAUUAGAUCAAAGUAAAAAAAAUUUAACAUCCAGUUUGAAUUUUUAUCAGAAUUUGAAAAUAUUAAUCGAUUGUUAUAAUGACUGUAGAGUUUUAAGCCAUAAAAGAUCAUUUAUUGCCAUGAUUUCAUCAUAUAAGAUAAUGAAUUCAUUAAUGGAAAAUAAUUUCAUUAAGUUUAAAAAUAUUGAUAUGAUUAACCAGUUAAUUAAUAACAUUAAUAAACUAAAUGUAGAAAUUUUUGAUAAUAUAUUGAAUAUCUUCAAAAAAAUUAUUAAUAAUAAUAAUUCUACUUUAGGUGAGGAAGCAAUGUCACAUUGGGAGAAAGAAUUGAAAUCUGGUGCUUGUGAAAUUAUAGACAAUAAUAGCAAAGAAGGCUUAAAGAUAAAAUUAAUUGAUGAGAUAUUAAACAAAUUGAUGUAUGAAAUUAAUGAAAUUUUUCAAAUUGAUGACGAAGCAGGUAGUUUGGAAAAUUUAUCAAGAAGAUAUAUUUAUUUUAAAAAAAUUUUAAAUAAGUUUAAUACCGAUUAUAAUAAAUUUUUUAAAGUAGAAUGGAAAAUGUCAAUUCGACUAACCACUUUAUUUUAUGAAAAGACAAUAAAAGAUCUUCAAAUUUUGUUAAAAAGAGAAUUCUCAACAACAAAUUCAAGUUCAGUGUCUACUAAUACCGUAGGCAGUAAAAAAAUUGAUCUAUUUAUGAAUUGUAUGCAAACAACUAUUGAAUUUGAAAAAUAUAUUGAUGUUAGAUUUUCACAACAAUUAAAAUGUGACAAAAUUUCAAAAACUUUUGAACCUUAUUUAGUUUUAUGGAUUCAAUAUCAAGAUAAAAUUAUGAAAGACAAUAUGCUAAAGUAUUUACGUAUGGGCACCUCGAGUGAUUCUGAUGAAAACCAAGAGAAUUAUACUGUAGUUCCCUCUAGCGCUGAUUUAUUUCGUAACUACCGUAACAUCUUAAGACAAACAAUUGAGCUAACAGGCGAAACAAAUUCUAUAAACACAAACAAUAAAGGUAAAGAAAAUGAAAAUCUGAUAAAAGAAAUGAGCAGGCUUUUUUGUAAAUGGUUGAUUGAAUACUGUAAUAAAAUUUUAUACCCAAUACUAAUACCUGAUAAUGUAGCCAUUGAUAAUAAAGAUGAAACAAUCAAAUUUACAAUUCUUUUAAUCAAUACUGCCGAUUAUUGCAAUACUACAAUCAAACAAUUGCAAGAUAAAAUUCAAGAAUUAACAGGUAAUGACAAAUGUAACAAAAUUUUUAGCAAGCUGGAUAAAGUAUAUGAAGAAAUUUUAAAUAAGGGCAAUAAAGUGUUAAUGAAACGUAUUAUUGGGAGUGAAUUACAAUUCAUUUGGAGAGAGUUCGAUAAUGUCGAUUGGAAAAGGAUUUUAAUUGAAGAUUAUAGCAGAUAUAUGGUUACAAUGAGAAAAAGCAUGCAAGUUCACAAUUUAGAGACCGAAGUUACAGAAAGAAAUGAAAACAUAAUUGAUAAAAUCUUAAAAGGUUUCAAUAGAGAAGUCUAUAAGUGGAAUUUUCUUGAUAAACUGAUUGAGAUGAUAAGUCAAGAAUUUACCUACCAUAUUAUCAAACUUUUACUUCCGAAGCCUCCUUAUGGUAAUAGACCAAUUAGUACAACUGCUACAUCAACAGCUACGUUAAAAAAUAUUAGUAUGAAUAGUAUAGAAGUUAAUAACAUUGGAGAACAAUUAUUAUUGGAUUGCGAACUACUAAAACAGACAAUGCACAGUUAUUUAAAAUAUAGUAACAAUAAAAAGACAAUCGAUAGACAUAUAACAAAUAACAUUGAAAAAAUUAUAAACUUCAUUAAGCUACUUAUAACCCCGGUAGAUAGUUCUGAGGAUUAUAAUGAAGCAUAUAAACGAUUAACGAAGAAUAACCAUAAUAUUCUAAUAUGGACAAUGACAUUAGCAUUAAAAGGUGUUUCAUGGGAUGUUAGUAUUUGGAAACAACAUUGGAGCGUUUUUUAUUUAGAGUUGAGUGAAUCUAAGAAUACAGAAGGUAUCACUGGUACCACUAUGAAAGAAAAAGAUCAAACCAAGCAAAAAAUUGAAGGAACUACUGAUCUUUUUGUGUAUGCAUGGAAUAGAAAGCAAGUUAUAGAACAUGAACGUAAUAUGCGUGCAUUGGUCGGUAGUAGUUGGAGGGAAUUACUAAGUGAAAUGGGUAUUUAA